CCGUGUAUUGCCAUGCCAGACAACAGUAUUCGACUCAGAUCCUAAAAGAUCGUAAUUAGCUAGCUUUGUUGUAAUUAGUUAUAGAUUUUCAAACAUGUAUAUUUAGGGUGCCUAGAGGUAACACGGAUCGAUAACGCAGUGCAGUUUACGUGGGCAAUUGUUUCAGCGAUGGCGAUGCCGGAGCAGUUUUCAUUACGGUGGAAUGACUUCCACUCGAACCUAUCUCAGUCGUUCCAUGCGUUGCUGGAAGGAGAAGACUUGGUGGAUGUGACAUUGGCAGCGGGAGGCCAGUACGUGCACGCUCACAAACUCAUCUUGUCCGUAUGCAGUCCCUAUUUCAAGGAAUUAUUCAAGAUGAACCCCUGCGAGCACCCGAUCGUGAUCCUCAAAGACGUGGCGCACCAGGAGCUGAAGCAGCUCCUGCAGUUCAUGUACCGAGGCGAGGUGCACGUGAGACAGCAGGAGCUGAGCGGGUUCCUGCACACGGCCGAGCUGCUGCAGGUUAAAGGGCUCACGCAGGGCCGGGAGCGCUCGGAAUCGCCGCCGCCAGUGGAAGAGUGCCCGACGAAGGCCGAGCCGACGGACGCGCCCGAGUGGGUGCCCGGCGGAGACGACACCAUCGCCACCGAAGCCCCCCCACCGCCCCGUGACGACGCCCGCAGCCCACUCAAACGGCUUCUGAAGAACACCCCAACCAAGAACAGCUUAUCCGGAACGAAGAAGAAGCCACGGCCCGUCAUCGAGAGUCCUGUGCCCGUCAGCGAGAACAAUGAAUGCGCGUCGGACGGCGAACCCCUAAUAGAUUUCGACAGCGACCUUUACCACAGCGUGCUUGCUAUGCCCGAGUCUGCUAAAGAAUCUGGCUGGAACUGUAAAACGACCGGCGUGAAGUGUCCGUCAUGCCACCGGUUCUUCGCCAACCGUUACAACCUGAAGGUUCACAUUCGGGACAAGCAUGACACUCGCGAGGGGACCCUACAGUGCGAGAUUUGCAACAAACGUAUGAGGAACCCGAGCUGUCUGCGCGUCCAUAUGUACCACCAUCGCAAGCAGGCUGCUUACCUUGCACAGCUACAACCUGAAAACCACGUACCAAACGUCGAUGACAAAGCCUGGCGCGCCGACGGGCCCUACGGACCGGUAGACUACAAGUUCAAUCCUGACGCGUUCCAGUCCCCCAUGCCUCUGCCGGCCACCGAGGCCCCACCGAAGCCCGAGCCGGACGCGGAGACCGCAUGAUGCCGGUGGGACGAGCUGGCGACGCCCGACCAGCUCUACCGCGUCUUCACGCAGCAGAGCCGCUGGGUGCGCAGCGUCUUCACCAUCAGGGGUUAGGGGGACGCCCCCUUCGAGGUGUAACCACGUACCGAUGUAGUGCGAAGAUUUGCCUUCGUAUUGUUACAGAAACGUACGAACUUGUCAUGCUAUUUCAGUCAGUCUCAGUACAAGAUGUAUUGACAUUGACUGAACUAGCAUGACAAAUACGAACGUUGCCGGAAAAAUGAAAACCCUUUUCGCACUACAUCUGUAACGAAGGAUGAUAAAUUAAGACAGCUCAUACAAGUUCACACUUCAAGGAUUUUUGGUUAAAAAUAAUUUGACUUCGUUCCCGAUUGGUUAGGCAGGUCCUUUCAAGUGUCCACCAUUUUAAAAAGGUUAAACUUUUGUAUGCUUUAAAGGGACACCACGUAAUUACGUUUAUGAAUUAGGACAGCUCACGCAAGUUGACACUUCAAGGGUUUGAGGUUAAAAUAUUGUUUUUGCUUAAAGGGCGAUGCCCCUUAAUUAUUUAAAAACCAAGAAGGUUGUUAACAUAAGACUGCUCAGACCACACAACACCGCACUUCUACACAUCCUUUUAUCCACUCAGGAUUUGUUUGGAGGCUCUACACUCUUGAGGGGGACACUAUAUAACAAAGAUUAAUAACCAUUUGUAUCUUUAGGCAGCUAACAUAACUUAAAAUGUAACUCUUAAGUUUGUGACCAGUUGCAUUAUUCUUCUCACACUAACGUCAGGUAAAAGAUGCCUUCCUAGCAUAGCACCACGUUUCGCUUGUACUGGACUGUGUUAAAUCUAAAGUAUGGGAAUUUCAUAAAACCCACUGGUAAAGACUCUUGAAUAUUAAAGAUUUAUUGAGAAAUUUUAACGUACUACCAUGUUUAAACACUAACCUCCGACGUUUCAAGGACGGCAUUGUCCCCGUGGUCUCGGAGCAGACUGGCUGAAGUUGACAUAAACAUCUUCUAGCUGUACGAGUUUUUCGAUUUUUUUUUAUAUGGC